AUGGCUGUAACGAAUCCAGCAACGUUCAGUGAACAGCUGCGCGCAUUGGCCGCAUGUCUUGGCGUCUCAGUCGAUUUGGCGCCAAUUUCAGAACUUACCACCCAGCCUGCCCAACGCGCCAGGCUCAAGCAGCUUUUGGAUGGUCAACAAGCGGGCGCUGCCUCUCCAACUGACGAGCAGAAACCCAAUGCCGCAGCUGCACUCCGGCAGUUGGAAUUAACUGUCUGUGCCAAGCUGGUGGGCCGCAAUUGGUUCGGAGCUGACUUGCUUGAGGAGCUGAAUGGCGAGCUUGACCGCAAGCUAGUUAUUGACCAGCAAAUCGAACAACGGCAGCAGCAAAUCGAACAACUGCAGCUGCAACUCGUACAAUUGCGGCAGCAAGUCGCUGGAAGGAGCCUCAACGACUUUGUCACUGAUGCGGAGUCAGUCAAGAUGCAGAUUGACGCUUUCAAACACUCGAACAACUACGUUGAAGCGGAGAACAAAACCACCUCUGCGAAUGCCAGCGACCGGCACCCUAUCGGUGUGAUUGCUACACUGCCUGGUGCCGGCAAGACGGCUUUCUGCGAGAUCAUUCAUUCGAAACUCGCAAAGCAGGUGUACAAUGACGAAAAUUUCAUCAGUUUGAACGUCACAUUCAACAGUCGAAUGGCAUUCCAGUCGACGGAAUGCUCGCUGCAUCCUGAACACGCCGUGGCCUGGCGUAUGCUCGCCGAUUAUAUGCGGCUUCCGGGUGAUCUAAUGAACAGGUUCCGUCUGACCCUCUCUGGCUCAUUCGCCGUAGCAACCACCAUUCACUACAUCCGCCAAGACUUUAUCCGGCUCAAAAACCUGCCUUCGAACACGGUCGUACCGGUCGUCGUCACCCUUGAUGAAGUGAGCAUGCUGCUUGGACAAACAGUCGACGAGAAAUUCGACCGCGAGUUUAGCACGUUGCCGCAAUGGCGCCAAGAACGUCGGUUCAUCAAAUGGGCUAUCGCGCCACUGCGAGAAUUGUCGAAUUCAGGCGGGAAGGUUACUUUAUUUAUGAGUGGGACGCGUCCUUUUGCGCUGAGCGACGCUGUCCAGGUGGACAUGUUCGACAAGGUCACCGGGAGCAGGUUUUUCGCUAGCUUGAUCGAGAUGCCACGUCUCUCCGGCGCUGCCUCGGCUCAGCUGGCGACCCGCCGUAACAACAACGCAGUUUGGCAUCGAGAUGUUUGGAAGACGCUGUUGCUCCAGCGAGCACUGGGCAUUCCUCGCCAAAUUAACAACAUUUUCACGACCGACAACCGUUCCAUGCCGAUCACGAUUGAUCCCAAGUCUUUGAUUGCUUUUGUUCGAGCCAUUGCUUUCAAGUCGACUCUCGACGAUUGGGCAGAUGCUCGGAUUGACAGGUUGGUGGAUCUUGGACUCUGCUUUUGGACCUCACUCUCUCAGUACUCCUUCUCUCAGCAACUGAUGCUAAACCUGCACUUUCUCGACCUUGUCAAACUCGAUGAUGAACAGUGCGCGUAUGGCCACAUCGCCAGCAAACUGCUCACUGAACUGCAAACAAUCGGGAAGAUGAGUCAGCCGGAGACUGUCAACAACAAUGCGGUCUCUCUUCCCUCGCACAACUGGGAGCAAAUUGUGCCGCGCUUGCUCAACCUGCGCCUGCUUGUGGAGCUGUGCGAUGCGUGCGCCAAAACCAAGGGCGCACCACAGGCUGCCGAUCUGACACUACCUCUUCCCACACUGUUUGAAGGCGCCGUCUUGAGCGACGACUUGCAGUCAGUCAUGGUCGUUUUGCGACAGUUUGAGCGAGCGGUCGAUUCGAUUCCAGAUGGGUUUUCCUUGACCCGCGUCAACGAGGAGUUCAGCGAUUUGAAUGCCAGCUUUGUGUCGGUCAAUGGUUUGGACUUGACUGUGAAGGGUCAAGUCAAACUUCGAACAGGUGUCGCGCCCUUGUCGCAAGCAAACGCCAAUCAGUUGAUCUCCAAUCAACGCAGCACGCCAACGCUUAUUGCUGGGCUUGUCACGACACAGACAAUGUCCAAGCCGGUCGCGUCUGGCAACCUCGACGACAGAUCUUGGCUCGUCUCGCGCAAUGAACUGGGCGACUUCUUGUGCGGUCUUAAGCCUGUUUUUGAUGCGACCUCGUCGUACAACCCGAAUUUGUCGGACGUGCCUGCUCUUACCAACCAAUUCUACAACAGCAAGCUGACACAACCUGAAGCUCGCGAUUUGGCGCAGCGGUUUUUCGACAAGCGCAGCGCAGACAAAACGGCCUAUUUCGACAAUCAUGCGAAGCUCCACCAGUUUCUGAAAGACAUUGACCCCGGUCUUGCUGCGAAACUCUCCCCUUCGGAUCUCACCUGGUGCUUUGACGAACAGCCACCUGUGACAAGCCCGAUCAAUCCGUACUGA